AUGGAUAAAAAUACGUCUGAAAAAUGGCAGGCAAUUGUGAACAAAAAACAACAUUUCCCUUCGGAGCUGACAGCAGCUAUUCAGGAGGACAAAUCAGUUCUGGUGGGCAGCCUGCUAUCCACGGGGGAUGGCAUUAUCCGCCAACUGGAUGAAGCUGAGGACCGUCUGUGGAGAGAAGCUCUGAACCUUUCCAUCCGCCUGGGUAGCGAGGACACCUUCUCCACCCUGAUGCUGGCUGUCAAGUUUGACUUCAGGCAGAUUCACGAGGCGCUGCUGGUGGCUGUGGACACCAACCAGCCCUGGGUGGUCAAGAGGCUAUUGGACAGGUUGGAUCAGGAAAAGGGUAACAAGAUGGAUGUUCGCUCCUUCUCCAUGGCCAUAUUUGACCACUCCAUUGAUGAUUCUCAGUUUGCCCCCGGCGUGACCCCGCUGACGCUGGCCUGUCAGAAAGACCUGUAUGAGAUUGUCACCAUGCUGACUACGAGAGGCCAUGCCAUCCCACUGCCACACUCCAUCUCCUGUACCUGCUUGGAGUGUCGCAAUGGGAGGCAGUAUGAUCUGCUGAAGUUCUCCCUGUCGCGUAUCAACACCUACCGGGGACUUGCCAGCCGAGCAUACCUCUCCAUUGCAACAGAGGAUCCCAUGCUCAGUGCCUUCCGCCUCAGCCGCGAGCUCUGUAAGCUCUCCAAGAAGGAGCCUGAGUUCAAGCCUCAGUACCUGGGCCUGGAGGAGCUGUGUCAGGAGUUUGCAGUGGAGAUGCUGGCCAUGUGUCGGAACCAGAGUGAGGUCUCAACAAUCCUGAACAACUGUGAUGGAGAUGAGCUGGAUGAACAGACCUUUGAGGAGGGGAUCCCAACCCUGUCUCGCCUGCGCCUGGCAGUGAAUUACAAUCAGAAACUGUUUGUGACUCAUCCAAUAUGCCAACAAGUGCUGUCGUCUAUUUGGUGUGGAAACAUCCCUGGGUGGAGGGGCGGCAAAACCCGUGGCAAACUCAUGGUGUCUCUUGGGAUCUUCUUCACCAUGCCCUUUCUGUGUUUAAUCUACUGGACAGCUCCAAAAUCUAAGAUUGGAAAGACUUUGAAGAUACCAGUCAUCAAAUUCCUGUUGCACUCUUCCUCCUACCUUUGGUUUAUAAUUACUCUUCUGACGGAGUCAAUCUUCAUGGAUCUGUAUCGGCAGGAGUUUGCAUCUCGCCAACAAAACCUCCUCCACAACUCUGUCCAUAUGAUCUGGGUGGUCGGUUUCUUCUGGGGUGAAUGUAAAUGUGUGUGGUCUGAGGGUCUGAGGGGUUAUUUCCGUGACUGGUGGAACGUUCUUGACAUGAUGGCGCUCAGCCUGUACCUAGCCUCCUUCGCUCUAAGAAUCCUCAUCUUGGCAGUCAGUCACUUUGUUUGUCAGGACCAAAACCGAGUUAAGGAGUGUGCCUACUUUACUCAAACAGUACGUGAUGAAUGGUGGCAGGAAGACCCUCAGCUCAUCUCAGAGAUUCUGUUUGCAGUCACCAGCAUGCUGAGCUUCACCCGCCUGGCCUACAUCCUACCUACACAUGAGUCUCUGGGGACAUUGCAGAUCUCCAUUGGGAAAAUGAUUGACGACAUGGCAAGGUUUAUGUUUGUCUUGAUGAUCAUUGGAACAGCUUUUCUCUGUGGGCUUAAUAAUAUCUACGUGCCGUAUGUUACAUCCCCAUAUCUUGGGCGCUUCAAUGACACCUUCAACUUUCUCUUCUGGACCAUGUUUGGUAUGGCUAAUAAAGGCUAUGUGGACAUGCCAGAGUUUGUUCUGGCUGAGUUUGUAGGCAGGGUCCUGUACGGGGUCUAUACUCUCAUCAUUGUCAUUGUACUGCUCAACAUGCUCAUCGCCAUGAUAACAAACUCGUUUCAAAAAAUUGAGGAUGAUGCUGAUGUUGAAUGGAAGUUUGCUCGUUCAAAGCUUUACUUAAGUUACUUCAGAGAGGGCUCCACUGUACCAGUACCCUUCAACCUCAUCCCCUCUCCAAAGGCCUUGUUCUACAUAUUAAGGGGCCUUUUCUAUUGUUGCAACCCAGAACAAAAGAAAAAUGAACCAGACUAUCCCCCCAUUGGCUCCGUGUCUAACAGUACAACAAACACCAGUGGAGCGGAAGGGGAGGAUCAGGCGCCAUAUCGUCUGCAGGUGGUCAAAGUGCUGGUUCAGCGUUACAUAGAAGCAGCCCGCCGGGAGUUUAAAGAAGCAAAACGCAAAGAUGUAGGAAACAGGAUCACUGAGCUGAACAGGGUGAUGGGGAGUCUUCAUUCUGACACAAAGCAGUUCCAUCAGAACCUGCUGCACAGAAAAGCCUUCGCUUUAAACAGCCAUGGAGGCAACUUCCUGGGCAAGUACAUCACAGGAGCAAAGAAUAAAUUCAAGAACUUUGAUAAAAACGAGUCGAUGCAGAUUAUCCGUGCUCCAUUCCAAGUCACUAUGCACCUCAGGGAGGGGGUGAAGAAAGAGGAAGGGAUGAAGGAGGAGAAGAAAGAGGAGUGACAGCCCCAGAGGUGUUAACUGAGG